AUGUCGAGCGGUCCUUCUCGAUCGGACGUCGUGCAUCGAAUGGAUUCCGGUGCAUAUUGUGAGUCGUGCUCAAAGUGUGGUCAGCGAUUACCAUUUAGUAAAUGGUGCCAACAUUGCGAGAAAAAACAAUUUCAAAAUAGCUUUGUCAGUUGGACAAGCGGAAGUGGGAAGUUGGAUAAAUUGAUUAGAAGCUCUCAGAAUAAAGCCU